AUGUCUGAUAGCUUUAGAGUCGCCAUAAGCGGUCGGAAGAUCGCAGAUGCAGCGACCAAGAACCGUACGCAGACAACAUUUUGGACGUGGCUUCGAAAUAAGUUAUUGGCUGUAGACAGAUUGCCAGGUACCCCAGCACCCGGUAUCCUUGGAAAGGCGGAAAGGCUGUAUAUCACAAUCCGCUACGUUUUCCUAAGACGCAGUCAGCGCACCCAGAUUCUGCAGAACUACCCUCACUACCUGGUGGUAUUCAUCUUAAACUAUUUAGCUGAAAAUUACUAUUACACAAGAGAUGGGCGCCGUGUAGUUCUGCCGCCAAACGUUUUGUACGUCGCUGAUGCUCAUGGAGUAGAAUUUGGAUCAGCCAAAGGGGAAAAGAUUGAGCGUGACAAAGCUAUUCAAGUCAAGGGGGCCCAAACGAUAACUUUGGCCUGCAAGCACCCACGCCCGGUUUCGGCUUUGAGUGGAAACGCGCAAGAGAGACGGAGUUGGAAACGCAAAGAAACGAGCCUGAACUUGAAAAACUGGAGCGCUUUGACCGAUUCACGGCAAGCCAGUAGAAAUUGGUUGUACCUUGAUCAAAAAAUGCGCACAUCAGCUGUGAGCUUGGCGAAGCACUUUGGUUGGCUGGGCAAGAUGUAUGGCGAACAUCGUUUCGCAUUGGCACCAAACGAGCAAAAGGCUUUCAAAGGCUUUAUCGACCGCUAUCGUGAAAGUAAGUCGACUUUAAUCCCACAAUAG